AAUACGAAAACUUUAUGGGAGACUUCUGCAAUUUUUCCCUGGGACUGGAAGGAAAAAAAAAAAAAAAAAAAAAUCUUCCAUCAUCGGUUUCGAGCUCAGGCUGAAGAGACCCCGUUUCUUUAAGCUCCGCAUUUACGUCUAACUGACCUCACGGCGAUUUCUUCCCGGGGGCUCUCUGGUGCGAUUCCGGAUUAGGGUUAGGGUGUUUGUAUCUGUUUGACUGCAGCUGGGAUAGAGAGAGAAUAGCUCCGAGGAUUGAAAUGGCGACCGCGGAGUUUCGGGUGUACAAUACAAUGACCCAGCAGAAGGAGAUCUUCAAGCCCAAAGUGCCAGGCAAGGUCGGCAUGUACGUCUGCGGCGUCACUGCCUACGAUCUCAGCCAUCUCGGCCACGCUCGUGCCGCUGUCUCCUUUGACGUCCUCUAUAGAUACUUACUGCACUUGGGCUAUGAGGUUAACUAUGUGCGUAAUUUCACUGAUGUUGAUGACAAGAUAAUUCGUAGGGCAAAUGAACUUGGGGAGGAUCCAUUGAGUUUAAGCAGUCGAUUUUGCCAAGAAUUUCUUAAUGACAUGGAUGAUCUUCAGUGCCUUCCCCCUAUUCAUCAGCCACGUGUGUCUGAGCACAUGGAUCAGAUCAGGGAUAUGAUUAGUCAGAUUAUAAACAAUGACUGUGCAUAUGCUGUUGACGGGGAUGUGUACUUCGCUGUUGAUAAAUUUCCAAAUUAUGGUCGGUUAUCUCGACGGAAGGUGGAAGAUAAUAGAGCUGGAGAACGGGUUGCUGUUGAUUCAAGAAAGCGAAACCCUGCAGAUUUUGCAUUAUGGAAGGCUGCAAAACCUGGUGAGCCAAGUUGGGAAAGCCCAUGGGGUCCUGGAAGACCUGGAUGGCACAUAGAGUGCAGUGCAAUGAGUGCUCAUUAUCUGACGUUCUCGUUUGAUAUUCAUGGUGGUGGAAUUGAUUUGAUCUUUCCUCAUCAUGAAAAUGAGAUAGCCCAGAGCUGUGCAGCGUGCCAAGAAUGUAAUGUGAGUUAUUGGAUGCACAAUGGUCAUGUUACUAACAACAAUGAGAAAAUGUCCAAGUCACUGGGGAAUUUUUUCACAAUUCGUGAGAUUACUGAAUUGUACCAUCCACUGGCUUUGAGACACUUCUUGUUGAGUGCACACUACCGGUCUCCUAUCAAUUACUCAAUCUCCCUUCUGGAAUAUGCAUCAGGUGCUGUUUUUUAUAUAUAUCAGACCUUGUGGGAUUGUGAGGAUGCUCUAUCUACACUUUGGGAACAAAGCCUCAAGGGUAACAUGGAAGCAAAUGGCAGUGCAGUUCAGAUUACUCCUGCUGCCAGAGAAUGUAUCAAUAAGCUACGUAGUGAAUUCCAGACUAAUAUGUCGGAUGACUUGCUUACUCGACCUGUACUAACUGGUGCUCUUAUAGAUGCCCUGAAGCUCAUAAACAGUUCAUUGAAAACAAUAAAGAAGAAGCAACAGAAGCAACGGCUGUUAUUAAUGAUUCAGUCUCUCACAGAAUUAGAGAGAGAAAUCAAGGAAGUUCUGAAUACUCUGGGACUGCUAUCCUCGUCAACUUUUUCUGAGGUUUUACAGCAGUUGAAAAGUAAGGCAUUGAAGAGAGCAGGAAUGACAGAAGAUGACGUGUUGCGAUUGAUCGAAGAGAGAACAUUAGCAAGGAAAAGCAAGGAUUACUCGAAGAGUGAUCGGAUUAGGGAAGAGUUGACUGCCAAGGGCAUUUCCCUGAUGGAUGUGGGGGAGGAAACAUUUUGGAGGCCAGGCAAUGCCGAACCGGAACAGCAACCACCUGUCUCAACUUGAUGCUGCAUGACUUUACCCCAGCCUUACUUGCUCACAUCCAAGUGAUGACUGGUUGCAUUUAAAUUACUUGGGAUUGGAAAAAAUCCAUCGACGUUCUCACUUGUGUUGAUUUAUGUUGUAACAUUUUGGUGGGGACAUUCCCAUGUAGCCCCAUAAAGACUCUGGAGAACUGCAAUAGGAUCAUGUGUUUAAAAGAUGGCCAUAUUUUUGUGAUGGGCCUGUUCCUGCAAAAGAAAACUGCAGGAAAAGCUGCUGCUGAGCUUGUGAAGGGGUUAUCAAAGGGGAUGUGAGUAUAGAAUACAGGAAUUGACUUCUCAACUGUUUUACUAGUUCAGGAGUUGGGAGUAACUUAAAACUCUGAUUGUCUGAAUUGCAUGAAACAAACUUUCAAUUUUCUA